AUGCGGAUUCUCACACUGCUACUAGUGUGUACUGCUGAUGCAUUGAAAAUUCUUCAAAUCGUCCCCGGUUUCACCAACAGCCACGUUCUGUUCAAUUAUCGAUUGGCUGAAACCUUGAAAUUUCUUGGCCACGAUGUACAUAUGUGGACACAAAUGGAAAUGGCAAUGCUGGAUACGGGAAAUAAUCGAUUGCCACCUGGUGUGACCGAAUAUCGAAUUCCUAUUGAGUUCAAAGACAAGCUGAAAACCGAAGGUCUCAAGGUAUUCCAAUCUUUGAUGUUCUCAGCUGGUGACGCUUACGAUUUGUGGUGGACAGGACAAGAGUUCAAGGAUAUGCGUGUGGAGGCUUGCGCACAAAUGCUUGAACACGAUCCAAAG